AUGCUCAACGUAAAGAAGCUCAGCGACCUGCUGGCCAAGAAUGUGGACCCCAAACUUUACCCUCGCAUGUUCGUCAUGUCGCCAAACGGAACUCUAUUGGCUUACUCUACUCCGGCAAAUAUCAAGGAGCUCAGAGACCAGGCCGCCCUGAUUUCUAUGACCUGGAAAGAGCAAGAAGCUAAAUUCGACUCGCCUGACGGGGAAGCAAGCUCAUCCAAGCUCCUGGAAACCCUGACAAUCGAGUUCGACAACAACAACCUGAUCGUGCGUGCUAUUCAACCCAAGCUUCUCCUUGUCCUUGUUGGUGGUGUUCCACCCGGCCGGAAGCAAUCUUUCAAAGUCACGCCUGAAGCCCAAGGCGACCCGCGUUACCCGCCAGCCGCAGAGCCGUCACCUUCUCAGCCGCCUUCAGUCAUCGGAUCCCCGGAAGCGCCUUCAUCAGCCUCAAUCGCUGAAAGUCAUCUCAGCAUACGCGAGAAAGAUCUCAAGUUAGGAGCAUUGCACAUCCAACGCAAGAAGAUCGAUUCGAUGACCAGGUUCAUUCGACGGGAUUUCGAGCGGAAGGGCUUCGUCAUGCCUGACGACGUGAGCUUUCCCUAG